CCAAGUUCCACCAAACUUCUUUACAGUGCAACCUCACCAGAAAUUGCCACUUCCUCUAUCUCCAGCCCGUUCCUCUUCCAUUCCGCUCAAGUCGAAUCGUGACGAUGGCAUCAACAGACCAAGGUCCCCGCCGCAUCGGCCAAUGGCUGUACCUGCGCCCAGAAUGCAUCGACGAGUACAAGAAGUGCCACGCAGCCGUGUGGCCAGAAGUGCUGGAGCAGAUCAAGGAUAGCAAUGUGCGGGACUAUUCGAUUUUCCUGAGCUUGGAACCGAGACCAACGCUCUUCGCCUCCUUUAAAUACGUCGGCAACGCGUUCGACGAGGAUAUGGCGCGCAUGGCGGCGAACCCCAAAGUGCAAGAAUGGUGGCGCAUGACGGAUGGGAUGCAGGAGAGCCCCGUCGAGGGCGCGGUGGGGAGCAAGGAUGGGCCUGGGUGGUGGGGACAGACGGAGGAGGUGUUUUAUGUGGAGUAGAGGUAAAAGGAAAGUUGGGACGAUGCCACGCGGCCUUUGUCAAUCUCUUGAACAUCUGCUGGCUUGCCAGAAACGACAAUCAAGUUGUGUAAGGGUGCGCGUUUGUGAACAUGUGGAUUGAACUAUGGGAAUGAU